AUGGCGAAUGACGCUGGUGAGGGGUCAAAGAAGCUGAAGCUCUACUCCUACUGGCGGAGCUCGUGCUCUUGCCGCGUUCGAAUUGCUCUCAAUCUCAAACGGCUGGACUAUGAGUACAUAGCGGUUAAUUUGCUUAAAGGAGAACAGAAAGCUCCCGAGUUUCUGAAGCUUAAUCCUCUUGGAUGUGUACCGGUGCUUGUUGAUGGUGAUGAUGUUGUUGCAGACUCUUUUGCAAUCUUGCAGUAUCUGGAAGAGAAGUAUCCUCAACGGCCAUUGUUGCCGAAGGAUCUUCAGAAGAAGGCCUUGAAUUACCAGGCAGCAAAUAUAGUUUGUGCAAGCAUACAGCCUUACCAAAACUUACCUGUUAUUGGAUAUAUAAAAGAAAAACUUGGCCCUGAUGAGAUGCUUGCUUGGGUUCAGAAUCGUAUAAACGACGGGUUUGCUGCUCUGGAGCAGCUACUGCAAAAAUAUGCUGGGAAGUAUGCCACGGGAGAUGAAGUUUUUCUGGCUGAUUUGUUUUUGGCCCCUCAGAUUGACGGUGCAGUCAAAAGAUUCAAUAUUAACAUGAAUGAGUUCCCUCUUCUGGCAAAGCUUAGUGAGUCAUACAAAGAGCACCCAGCCUUCCAAGAUGCUAUGCCCGGAAAGCAGCCUGACGCGCCACAAAUUCAAGGAACUGACUGA